AUGCCCGGGACAGUCGUCAUCACCGGCUCCAACGGGGGCAUGACCAUCCUCACUGUUCGCCAGUACGCUCUAGCCCACCCUGAGGAUCACCUCAUCCUGCUCGUACGAGACCCCAGCAAGCUGCCUGCGGAGGCGGUCCCGGCAUCGGACAAGAUCAUCUACGAGGCGCUGGAUAUGACGAGCCUUGAGGCCGUUCGCAAGGUGUCAGCCAGUAUAGCUGCGAGAAUCAAGGCGGGAUCUUUACCUCGAAUCAAAACUCUGGUCUGCUCCGCUGCCAUUCAGGUGAGAAUCGGUGUCCAGAGCAUCAGGCAGGAUCACGCCGAUGUUCAGAUCACGUCGAUCGAACAACCCAAAGUCACUCCGGACGGGUACGAAGAGACCAUCGCCGUCAACCACCUCGCGCACUUUCUCCUUAUCCUUGAGCUACUUCCCUCUAUGGCGCCAGACGGCCAGAUCAUCAUCGUUGGCAGCGACACCCACCGGAACGACUACAAGUUCUUUGUCAAGAAGGCGGCGUACGCGCCACUGGAGCAGCUCGUCAAUGUCAGCCCGGGCAGUGAGCCUAUCGAGAACGCGAAGGACAAUGGGUUGCAGAGGUAUGCAACUUCCAAGAUGCUGCAGCUGAUGACGGGUCACAUGCUGGCACGUCGUCUCAAAUCUCAUCCCACCUACUCGGGAAUCAACACCGUCAUGUUCGAUCCUGGAGCGAUGGGCGGUACCGGGAUGCUGCGAGACCAGUCGCGCUUCCGUCAAGCUCUCGUGGACCUCGCCUUCAGCUUUCCGCGCGUUCUCAACUGGAUCGACCCGGAGUUCCAAAUCUCGCUCAAGGCGGAUAGCGCGGCGACUUUGUUGCGUAUCAUGGAAGAUCGGGAGAUGGCAAAGGUGGAGCCGUUGGAGCCGGUGAGGGAGACAGGAGGGGCGCCGUACUACACACCAAGUGGCAAUUUGACGCAGUCUUAUGGGGAGACAAACGAGGUAGAGAAGUCAAGCGCAUUGUGGGCGGACUCCGUGCGGCUCUUGGGGAUAAGGAAGAAUCUGUCGCUGGAGUAG